AUGCAUUCGUUUGCUGUCCUCGCCCUGGCGGCGGCGAGCCUGCCUUCCGUCCUGGCUGCGCCGUCUCCCGUGGUCGAGCCACCGGUCCCAGCUGCACCGGCCGCACCCGUCUACGACUUCCAGAGUCGCCGUCUGCUGGGCAUCCCCCCGAGCAGCGCGGCCAGCUACAACGUGACCGACCAGCCCAUUGCGCCCACAGAGGACCCCUGGUACACCGCGCCCUACGAGUUUGGAAACGAGGCCCCCGGCACCAUUCUGCGCGUGCGCCCGGCCCCGGGCAACUUGAGCGCCAUCACAGGCAACUGCUCGUCGGCCUGGAACAUUCUGUACCGCACCACCGACUCGCGCUACUUGCCGACCUGGGCCGUGACCACGCUCUUUGUCCCCUUUGCCAACACCACGACAGGGCGCAACGGCUCCCUCCUGUCGUACCAGAUCCCCUACGACUCGGUGUCGCUCGACGCCAGCCCCAGCUACGCCCUGUACGCCGGCGUCGACGUGGACAUUAGCGAGUCGCUGGGCAAGGGCUGGUUUGUCAGCGUGCCCGACUACGAGGGCCCGCUGGCAUCGUUCACGGCGGGCGUGCUGUCGGGCCACGCGACAAUCGACUCGAUCCGCGCCGUUCUUCGCGGCGCCGCGCGCUUCGACCUGCCGGGCAACACAAGCUAUGCCAUGUGGGGCUACUCCGGCGGCGCGCUGGCGAGCGAGUGGGCGGCCGAGCUGGCGGUGCAGUACGCGCCCGAGCUCCACUUCAGCGGCGCCGCGCUGGGCGGCCUGACGCCCAACGUGACGAGCGUGCUCUACUCAGUCUACAACAGCGUCGAGGCCGGCCUCGUGCCGCCGGCCAUCCUGGGCAUUUCCAACCAGUUCCCCGACGUCUACCAGUACAUCCUGUCGCGGCUCAAGACGGAGGGGCCCUACAACAAGACGGGCUUCCUGGCGACGAAGACGUACUCGCUGUCGCAGAACAUUGCCACCUACGCCCUCCAGAACAUCUCCGAGUACUUUGAGGGCGGCCUGCAGGACAUCUUCAGUCCCCAGGCCCAGCAGGUCAUCCACUCCGACGGCCUCAUGGGCUACCACGGCGUCCCGCAGAUGCCCCUCUACGUCUACAAGGCCAUCAAGGACGAGGUCUCGCCCAUCAACGACACGGACGCCCUGGUGGAGCGCUUCUGCGGCGUCGGCGUCAACAUCAACUACGACCGCAACACCAACGGCGGCCACUCCGCCGAGGGCACCAACGGCCGCGACGGCGCCAUCACCUGGCUCAACAGCAUCUUUGACGGCAGCUUCGCCACGUCGGCGAAUGCGACGGGCUGCUUUGUUCAGAACGUCUUUGUGAACGUGUCGUCGUCGCAGUUUUAG